AUGCUGCGAGCUUCGAGGGGUCUCGCUACAGGGACACUGUCGAAGUUUCAAUAUCGCAUUUCAUUUCUCAAACGAUGCCUUGCUACGGCAGCGUCAUCGUCCGCAGAUGCACUCGAGCCAGUGAUUAACCCCCCAUCAGGGAUCCGUUUGCGCCAGUAUCAGGAGGAAUGCAUACAAUCUGUCCUCUCGUACCUUGACAGAGGCCAUAAGAGGCUGGGAAUCUCACUGGCUACUGGCAGUGGAAAGACGGUCAUCUUUACCCAACUUAUCGAUCGCGUUAAGCCUCUGCCAUGCGGUGCGGACCAGACUCUCAUCCUGGCUCAUCGCCAGGAACUCGUCGAACAAGCAGCGAAGCACUGUAUUAAUGCAUACCCGACAAAGAGCGUCGACGUUGAAAUGGGCAGCAUCCAUGCGAGUGGCGUGGCAGACAUCACCAUCGCAAGCGUGCAAAGUAUUAUAUCCAAGAGCCGCAUUCAGAAAUUCAACCCAAACCGCUUCAAGCUGAUAUUGGUGGAUGAGGCCCAUCAUAUCGUAGCCCCAGGAUAUUUGAAGACCCUCGCUUACUUUGGACUCUCGAAGGCGAAGGUAGACGGCCCAGCUUUGGUGGGUGUCUCUGCAACUCUUUCUCGAUUCGAUGGGUUACGGCUAGGCGCUGCCAUAGAUCAAAUUGUAUAUCAUAAGGAUUAUAUCGACAUGAUUGGCGAAAAAUGGCUGUCGGACGUCAUUUUUACUACAGUUGAGUCAACAGCAGACAUCUCCAAAGUGAAGAAGGGGACAACAGGGGAUUUCCAAACUAGAGAGCUCUCUCGCGCCGUCAACACGGGUCAGAUCAACGAAAUCACAGUCCGUACAUGGCUAGCGAAAGCACAGGAGAGGAAGUCAACGCUGGUCUUCUGUGUGGACCUAGCCCACAUCGCGGGUCUGACAAAAGCAUUUCGAGACCGAGGGGUCGACGCUCGAUUCGUCACGGGAGAUACCCCGAAAAUUGCGAGAAGCGAAACGCUCGAUGCAUUUCGCGCUGGCGAGUUUCCAGUGCUGAUCAACUGCGGUGUCUUCACAGAAGGAACAGACGUGCCUAACAUCGAUUGUGUCCUUCUUGCGCGUCCAACAAAGUCUCGAAAUCUUCUCGUCCAGAUGAUUGGUCGAGGGAUGAGGCUCUUUCCAGGAAAGGAGAACUGCCAUAUUAUUGAUAUGGUGGCCAGUCUUGAGACUGGUAUUAUAUCGACACCGACACUAUUUGGGAUGGACCCAUCAGAACUUGUCACCGAAGCCACAGUAGACGAUAUGAAGGAGAUCAAGGAGGCGAGAAUGAGCCAGGCGCCCAUAGACGCCGCGUUUCAGACCAUCACGCCGGACACCACGCACCCCAUCAAGGUCAUAUUUACAGAUUAUGAUUCGGUUUUUGACCUCAUCGAGGAUUCCUCGGCUGAGCGGCAUAUCCGCGCCAUUAGCCGGCAUUCCUGGGUAGAGGUUUCUGACCGCAAGUAUAUCCUCACCACCCCGAGUGGCAAAUACUUAAAAAUCGAACUCAAUACCGAAGAAAAGGAUGCUGAUCCCACCUUUGUCGUCUCCGAGAUCGUUCCAUACACUGGUCCCCUCAAGAAGCAGCCAUACAAGCCUCCACGUGAGAUAGCACGGCAUACAGGGUUCGAGGAUGCAGUCCAUGCUGCGGACACCUUCGCAUCUCUCAGAUACCCGAAGCCCUUUAUUGUUACGACACAAAGGUGGAGAGAGAAGCCAGCAACUGAAGGACAGUUGAUGUUCUUGAAUCGGUUCCGCCUUCAAAGUGACCCUUUGACUCCGGAUAUGAUAAAUAAAGGGAAGGCGGGGGACAUGAUUACGAAAGUUAAACAUGGUGCCAGGGGCCGCUUUGCGAAGGUGGAAACUACGAGGAGAAAACUUGGGAGACAGGCUUUAAAGUUGGAACAGGAGGAGGAGUUGAAGAGGAGAGAGAAUGUAAGUGUAGGGCCGCUGUUGGAUUAA